UCGUCACACUUAACGGAAAUGGCGGAACACGCUAAACGACGCGUUUUGAGAGAGCAUAUUGUAUUCAUUCCCUUACUCAUGAUGAUGAUGAUGAAUGAUCUGUUGUUGUAAGAAUCGAAUUCGCUCGCCCUUCCCCUCAUCAUCUCCAUAGAUCUCUCUCUCUUCUCUUCCUCUCAUUUUCUUCUCCCUAAAACUCAAUUUCAUCUCUUCACUUUGUCCAAAAACCCAAGACUUUUCCCUGGAAAAAAGUUACAAUUUUUCUCCUGGAUCUCACUCGCUCUCUCUCUCUCUCUCUGUGUUUGCUGGGUCACACUACAACAGCUGAAUUAGAUCUAUUCUUCGUUUUGUAGGACCUGUUGAUUUGGUGUGGAAAGUUACUAUAAAUGGAUAAGGAGAAGUCUCCGGCACCUUGUGGAGGAGGUCUUCCUCCUCCAUCUCCAUCAGGUCGGUGCUCUGCAUUCUCAGAUUCUGGUCCCAGUGGUCAUGGAUCAGAUGCUAACCGAAUGAGCCAUGAUAUUAGCCGUAUGCUUGAUAACCCACCUAAGAAGAUUGGACACCGUCGAGCUCAUUCUGAGAUCCUUACUCUCCCUGAUGAUUUGAGCUUUGAUAGUGAUCUUGGUGUUGUUGGUAAUGCUGCUGAUGGACCUUCUUUCUCUGAUGACACUGACGAAGACUUACUCUCUAUGUAUCUUGAUAUGGAUAAGUUCAAUUCUUCUGCUACGUCUUCGGCUCAAGUUGGUGAGCCAUCUGGAGGAACUGCUUGGAAAAACGAGUCAAUGAUGCAGACAGGCUCAACAUCCAAUCCUCAGAAUACACUCAACAGUUUUGGCGAAAGACCAAGAAUCAGGCACCAACACAGUCAGUCUAUGGAUGGUUCAAUGAAUAUCAAUGAGAUGCUAAUGUCCGGGAAUGAAGAUGAUUCUGUCAUUGAUGCUAAGAAGUCCAUGUCUGCUACUAAACUUGCUGAGCUUGCUCUCAUCGAUCCAAAACGUGCUAAGAGGAUAUGGGCAAACAGGCAGUCCGCGGCAAGAUCAAAAGAAAGAAAGACGAGAUACAUAUUUGAGCUUGAGAGAAAAGUACAGACUUUGCAAACAGAGGCUACAACUCUCUCAGCCCAGUUGACUCUCUUACAGAGAGACACAAAUGGCUUGACUGUAGAAAACAAUGAACUGAAGCUGCGGUUACAAACAAUGGAGCAGCAGGUUCACUUGCAGGAUGAACUAAACGAAGCACUUAAGGAGGAAAUCCAGCAUCUGAAGGUGUUGACUGGCCAAGUUGCUCCAUCAGCGUUGAACUAUGGGUCGUUUGGAUCAAACCAACAAUUCUAUUCCAACAAUCAGUCAAUGCAAACAAUCUUAGCCGCACAACAGUUCCAGCAACUUCAGAUUCAUUCACAGAAGCAGCAACAACAACAACAACAGCAGUAUCAGUUUCAACAGCAACAGAUGCAACAGCUUAUGCAGCAGCGGAUGCAACAGCAGGAACAACAAAAUGGAGUAAGACUCAAGCCUUCUCAAUCCCAGAAAGAGAGCUGAGGAGUAUGAAUAUUUCCACGAAAGUGAGAGGGUAUUGGCGUUUGAGUGUUACAAGAGAAGCCUUUUGGUAAGGUCAUUGAGGGAAAACAUGUGGGUGGAUAGCCCAAAGAAACAGAGUUCCUUGCACUGCAAUUAUUUUAGUUGUUUGGAUUUGGUUAUUUGGUUAUAGAGACUGGGUCUCGAAAUCAUCAUAGCAUGUAAAAAAAAAAUUAAAUCACGUUCAAAAAUUGUUAAUUUGUUAUAAUCUUGUAUAACAAUUGUGUUUACGAUACAGCAGCAGCAGCAGCAACACUUGUGUUAAUGAUAUUUGUUCACCAUUGUUUU